UCAGAUUCCAUGGCUUCCUUUGCCACAUCUGGAGUUCUGGAUGGCAGCUCAGCCGCCUUCUCAUUCAGUCCAUUUUCUAGAACAGAGUCCGUCCCUGGAGAUGUUUACUCAGUCCACCAUUGCAAGCAGCCCACCUUCAUCAGCUUCCACACCAUUCCCCUCUUCAACCUUCUCUACCAUGGACUCUUCAACCAGCCCAGCCCCCCAUGGGGUUACUGCCUCCCCUGCCGCCACACAUACAGCAGACACCACCCUUGGGAAAGAGACCAGUGCUACUGAAGGACCUUUGCUCAUGGUCAGUGCUCUGGAGACUUGGACCCAGCCAGUCAGGACAUCGUUACCUCUCAUCAUGGAUACCAGAAGAACAGAGCAUGUUGACUUGCAAACAGUGACAAGUGCUUCUCAAGUUUCUCCACUUUCAACAGGGUUGACAAGACUACCAACAAGAGGCACAGAGAGGGCAGAGACCACCAGCACAGCAAUUAUGACCGCCAGAGUCUCCAUUCCCACUGUGGGAAAGCUGACUCUCCUCAGGACACCAGGUAACACGGCCAGCACAAGCACAACAGGAGUGACCAUCACAACCCCAAACGUCUCCCCUUAUGUUCUGGAGAUGACAGCUUCCUUGGACACCCAACCUGGAACAGAGACCAGCAUGGCAAUUUCCAGGACCACCACAUCUAUGUUCAAUACAGGAUCAGAGACCACACCUGCACUGGUUCUUAGUUCUGGGGCAGAGACCAGUUCAGCUGUUGCAACUCUGACUGUUUCCCUUGCUAAGCCAGAGGAAACCUCAGACUCAUGUGUCACCCAUCUUGUGGGGACCGGCCCAGCUGUUUCCAGGGAAACCCUGAAUGUUUCCCACAGUGAACCAGACAGCACAUCUCCAAUGGCUACCAGUUCUGGGGAGGAAGUCAGUUUAGCUGUUCCAACUCCAACUAUCUCCCCUGGUGUACCAGAGAUGGUGACCUCACUGGUCACUAGCCCUGAGGCAGAGACAAGUAUGGUUCUUCCAACUCUGACUGGUUCUACAAAGGAACCAGAGACCACAGCCACAUGGAUCACCCAUCCUGGGGAACAGAGCAGUUUAUCCAUUGCAACUUCAGCUGUCUCCCUUAGUGAGUCAGGGCUGGUGACAUCACUGGACACUGGUUUUGGGGCAGAGAGCAGCCCAGUUGUUCAGACUCUGACUGAAUCCCCUGAUAAGCUAGAUACAACAGUCUCAUUUGUUAUUCAUCCUGGGGCACAGACCAGUUCAGCCAUUUCAACUCUGACUCUUUCCCCUGGUGUAUCAGGGGUGGAAAUCUCAAAGCUCACCAGUUCUAGGGCAGAGACUAGUACAAUUUUUCCAGCUCUGACUGAUUCCCCACAUGAACCUGAGACAACAGCCUCAUGGGUCACCCAUCAUGAGGUGGAAGCCAAUCCCAUUGUUCCAACAAUGACUGUUUCUCCUCGUCAGACAGAUACAACAGCCUCUUGGGUCCAUUCCACAGAGACCCCUGUUUCCAGAAAAACUCUGAAUUUUUCCCAUAGUGAAUUAGACAUCACAACUUCAACACUCACCAGUCCUGGGGCUGGAGCCAGUUCUGCCAUCCCAACAAUGACUGUCUCACUUGGGACACUGCCUACGGUGACCUCCCUGGACACUAGAUCUGGAGCAGAGGCAAAUACAACUUUUUCAACUCUGACUGAUUCCUCACACAAACCAGAGACCAGAGCCUCAAGGAUCACCCAUCCAAGGACAGAACCCAUUUCCAUUGUCCCAACUUUAACUCUCUCCCCUGGUGACACAGAUACAACAGCCUCAUGGGUCCAUUCUACCGGGACUGGCACACCUGUUUCCAGAGCAACUCCAAGUGCUUCCCAUAGUAAAUCAGACAGCACACGCUCAACAGCCACCAGUCCUGGGCCAGAAGCCAGUUCAGACAAUCCAAAUACAAGUCUUUCUCCUGAGGAGGUGACCUCCCUGGUCAAAAGCACUGUAGCAGAUGCAGGUACAACUUUUCCAAUUCCGACAGAUUCUCCACACGCACCAGAGACCACAGCCUCAUGGAUCACCCAACCUGAGUCAGAAGCAAGCUCCAAGGUUCCAACAUUAACUGUCUCCCCUGGUGACACAGAUACAACAGCCUCAUGGGUCCAUUAUGAAGGCACCAGCACACCUGUUUCAAUAACAACGCCAAAUGCUACCCAUAGUGAAUCAGACAGCGCACCCUCUGCCCGUCCUGGGGCAGAGAGCAGGUCAGACAUCCCAAAUACAAGUGUAACCCCUGGUAUACCAGGCAUGGUGACCUCCCUGGUCACCAGCUCUGGAGCAGAGGCAAGUACAACUCUUCCAACUCUGACUGAUUUCCCACACGAACGAGAGUCAACAUCCUCAGGGAUCACCCAUCCAUCGAGAGAAGCCAGCUCCAUUGCUUCUAUGUUAACUGUGUCCGCUGGUGACACUGAUACAACAGCCUCAUGGGUCCAUUAUGAAGGCACCAGCACACCUGUUUCCAGUACAAUGUUAAAUACUUCCCAGACUGAAUCAGACAGCACACCCUCAACAGUCACUCGUCCUGGGACAGAAGCCAGCUCAUACAUUCCAAGUACAAGUGUAUCCCCUGGUGUAUCAGGUGUGGUGACUGCCGUGGUCACCAGCUUUGGACCAGAGGCAAGUACAACUUUUCCAACUCUGACUGAUUCUCUACACUCACCAGAGUCAACAGCCUCAGGGAUAACACAUCCUGUGUCAGAAGACAGCUCCAUUGUUCAGACGUUAACUGUCUCCCCUGCUGACACAGAUACAACAGCCUCAUGGGUCCAUUCUUCAGGGACCGGCACACUUGUAUCCAGAACAACUCCAAAUGCUUUCCAUAGUGAAUCAGACAGCACACCCUCAACAGCCACCAGUCCUGGGGCAGGAGCCAGUUCAGAUAUUCCAAAUACAAGUGUAUCCCCUGGUGUAUCAGGGGUGGUGACUGCCCUGCUCUGGAGCAGAGGCAAGUACAUCUUUUCCAACUCCGACUGA